GGGUCCAAAAAAAGUGUUUUGUUUCUCUCUUUUUUGAGUUUCUCUUUCUCUUUUUCAACACAGAAGAGACUGAGAAGCCAUGGGAAGGGCUCCGUGUUGCGAGAAAAUCGGGUUGAAGAGAGGAAGAUGGACCGCUGAGGAAGAUGAGAUCCUCACCAACUAUAUUCAGACCAAUGGUGAAGGUUCUUGGCGAUCUUUGCCUAAGAAAGCUGGGUUGUUGAGAUGUGGAAAGAGCUGUAGACUAAGGUGGAUAAACUACUUGAGAAGAGACUUGAAAAGAGGAAAUAUUACUGCCGACGAAGAAGAAACAAUCGUCAAGUUGCAUUCACUUCUCGGCAACAGGUGGUCACUUAUUGCAACACAUCUACCAGGAAGAACAGACAACGAAAUUAAAAACUAUUGGAACUCACAUCUCAGCCGCAAAAUCUAUGCCUUCGCUGCCGUAUCCGGAGACGACCACAACCUAGUCAUCGACAAUAUGCUCCUGAAGAAAGCUUGUUCUUCGUCUACCGGAGCCAAGAACAAUACCAAGACGACCAAGAAGAAGAAGAAGGGAAGAACUAGUAGGUCAUCCAUGAAGAAACACAAGCAAAUGGUAACGGCGGCAUCACAAUCAUCAGUGCCAAAACCGAAAGAGCUAGAGAGUGAGAUCAGUGAUGGAGGUCAAAAUGGAAACUUCGAAGGAGAGUCUUUAGGGCCUUAUGAGUGGUUAGAUGGUGAGUUAGAACGGCUCUUGAGUAGUUGUGUAUGGGAAUGCACUAGUGAAGAGGUUGUGGCUGGAGUGGAUGAUGAAAAAAUGUGUGAGAGUGGGGACAAUAGUAGUUGUUGUGUGGGUAUGUUUGAAGAAGAACAAGGAAGUGUCGAGACAAAGCAGCUUGGCCAUACAAGAAUCACAAAGGUUGAUGAUCAUGAUAUGAUGAAGGUGGAAAAAGAAAGAGAGGGAAGUGUUUUAAGUUCGAAUUCGAUUGAGAAUGAUGAUAAAGAUUGGUGGCUUGGUCUAUGUAAUUCUUCAGAAGUUGGGUUUGGGAUUGAUGAAGAGUUGCUCAAUUGGGAGUUUCAAGGUAAUAGUUUGACUUGUCCAAGUGAUGAUCUAUGGGAUCUCUCAGAUAUUGGAGAGAUAACAUUGGAGUGAUAUUACCGUACAUGAGGAUAAAACAUCGAUCGUUUUGGUUGUAAAGUCUAGUGUUUUGUUUGGUUAUAGUUGGAUCUUGUGAUUAUGUGUACGUAAUAGCUUGUUGGAGUGUGUUACGAGAGUUAGGAUAAAUGUAGCAUCUAGUUUAGACUAGGUCGAACCACGUUAUGCUCUCUCCUUUUUUUUUCUUUCUUUCUGUGUUUCAUUAUCAGUGUUCUGUAAUAAUGAUGAAUAUAUUGGGAUCAUUUAGAA